CCUCACAUGCGUGUCCGGCUUCGGUUCUUCCCUCCGGAACUUGAUAGUGUUUGCCGCUAAAGGCGAAGAAGCAGCGAGCCUCGACCUCCACGAGCUUCCAACAUUUCGAUGUCUCACAGCUUGCAGCUCUCAUUCCCUGCAAGCACUUUCGGCUCUUCUAGGAAUAUCAAGAGAACCAAUCCUCAGUGUCUCCAAAUUCUCUGCUCUUCUGGACAUUCCAAUUUCAAAGAUGAAGACGAUGUUGAUAAUGGAAGCUUAACGAUUUACUCAUCUGUGGGAGUCCAAGGCGUAUCCUCCAAGGCGAUAUGGAUUGAGAGAUAUAGCAAUGGUACUACUAAGAGAUAUGAAGUAGAUGAUAAAUCACAGUUAACUAUUACUGUUGAGGAAGAUAGGCCUACUACAAACAGUUUCCACGAUUUCAAUUCCCAGGACAGAAGAUUAAACUGGCUUCCGCGUAUAAUCAAAGACUUCAUUUUACCCGAAGGCUUCCCAGGAUCAGUUUCAGAUGAUUACUUGCGCUACAUGUUGUUUCAGUUCCCUACCAAUGUAACUGGAUGGAUCUGUCAUGCCUUGGUCACUUCGAGUCUCUUGAAGGCAAUUGGUAUUGGCUCCUUCUCAGGAACCGCAACUGUUACUUCUGCUGCUGCCAUUAGAUGGUUAUCAAAGGAUGGCAUUGGAGCCGUUGGACGGUUACUUAUUGGGGGGAGGUUUGGAAAUCUUUUUGAUGAUGAUCCAAAGCAAUGGAGAAUGUAUGCAGACUUAAUUGGAAGUGCAGGAAGCAUUUUUGAUCUGACGACCCAACUAUAUCCUUCCUAUUUCCUUCCUUUGGCAUCUGCAGGAAAUCUUACUAAGGCUGUUGCAAGAGGGCUAAAAGAUCCUUCUUUUCGUGUGAUUCAAAACCAUUUUGCCGUUUCAGGAAAUCUAGGAGAGGUAGCAGCAAAGGAAGAAGUUUGGGAAGUGGUUGCUCAAUUGACUGGCCUUGGUUUGGGCAUACUGAUACUGGAUACACCUGGCCUAGUAAAAUCAUAUUCUGAAUUAUCUUUGACUUGGAUGACUAUACGGCUUGUGCAUCUUUGGCUACGUUAUGAAUCCCUUUCUGUCCUCCAAUUUAACACAAUAAAUCUUAAGCGGGCUCGCAUGCUGGUAAAAUCACAUGUUUUACACUCCACUGUUCCAGGAUGUGUGAAUUGUAACAGGGAAGAAAAUAUUUUAGCGUGGGAAAAUUCCAUGAAACCAAAAAUCAUUUUUGGCUUGCCAUUGGAGAAGAUGGAUGGUGUUGAGAAAUCUCAUUUCAUGGUAAAGACACUUGUGAAAUUAUAUGCGAAUGAGAAGUAUAUCCUUACUGUGAACCAGCAGCCAGAAGAUCUGAGGUUUUAUGUUUCUUUUAAGGUUGGAGCAACAAGUGUCUCAGUAUUGCGAAGCCUUUGGCAGGCCAUCUGGCUAAGUGAGAACUGGGACAGCAAGGGCAAUGUUUGUCAUCAGCUUACCAAUAGCCUAAUGGAGUUGAAAGAUAGGUUUGAGGAUUUUAUUCAGAAGCUGAAUGGGGCUGGAUGGGAUACACAACAAUUAAAUUUGAAGGUUCCCAGAAGAAUCUCCAUUGAUGAUAUUGACCCUCUUUAGCUCCUGAAAUUCUGGUAGUGAGAUUAGUUCAUCACUGAUUUGAUCUUGAGAAUUGAGGUCCAAGACUUGGAUCAGCCAAAUGAAACUUGCUUACAGAAGAAUUGCAACCAGCAAAAGCAAGCAAUAUCCCUAAUUUUCACACACAUUGGUGAAUAGAGAUGCUUGGCGAUUUGGGUGAUAUUAUCUGGACUCGUUGGAUACCAUAUAGUUAGCGAGAAAAUGUUAGGUUUAUAAAACAAAUCAAUCAUAAAGAUGUGUAUAAGCAUGUCUCGUAUAGAACUAGGUUUAACUGGUAUGCCUAUCAUUGACUUGAUUUGUAAGUUUCUUUUAGGGCAGAUAGCUAAAAUUCUCUCUUUAGCAGCUUCAUCUUGCAAGCAUGUUUGCUUGUAAUCCGCAAUAUGUAUUCGUAGUAAAAUUUAUUGAUGGACCUCUUCAAAAGGGUAAUGGUACUGAAUUCGUAAUAUUUUAAAAUUAAACUUGGAAUAAAUAUUUUCUCCUCAUAUCUUCAA